AUGCCAACUUCUCCAUAUGAUACCCACAAGAGGGUCAUGUCAGCCUUUUUGGCCGCUCUAUUUAUAUAUGCCACAGCAUCGGUGGCUGAGUUUAUACUCCGGACCCAGAACUCAGUUUACCACGGACUUGUCGGCAACAUCCGCCUCUUUGCUAGCGCCGUUGCUACAGUUUUCCUUCUGGUGGUUCUUGCCCCAGUUUUGGCGUACUGCAUUUCUGUUCUAUGGACUUGUUUACUUGUGAGAUUAGCAUAUGAAUCAUGUCAAGAAUUCUACCAAUUGCUAUGCCAAACAUAUACUGACGUGUUGAAAAAGCUAUCAGAAAGUGCGAGGAGCAGCAAAGAGCUAGUCAGCAGAAAGUGGAGAUAUGUUGCCUGGGCAUUUGUAUUCUCCUUGAUUUUCCGGCAAGACAUUCAAUUGAGCUAUCUCAAUGCCACUGUUGUUAAAAUUGCAGUUGCAAUGCCUCAUUGGUCUAAUAUGGAUUAUAUGGUAGUCCCUGUCAUAGUUGGUGCCCUGUUUGCUGUAAAUGUAGACAUGGAAAGUGAUCCACAUUAG